UUGAAAUCAUUUGAAAUUCAAAUAUAUAUAUAUUUGUGCUGAAGCACUGCCAAAGUGUUUACACAUUCGGGAAAUUCUUAUUUUGCAAAAAGCAAUACAAUUUUUGUGAGUUGAGUUUGGCUUACAAUAUGAUGGACGUUAGCAGCAUGUACGGCAACCAUCCGCAUCAUCAUCCACAUGCCACGGCCACCGCCUACGACGGCUUUAACAGCAACUAUUUUCCCUCCCCGACCCACCAUCACCAGCAACAGCAAUUGCAGCAGCAACACCAGCAGCAGCAGUUGCAACAGCAAGUGCAGCAACAUCAGCAACUGGCAUAUAAUGGCUACGACAGCAACUCACCCAAUUACUAUCAGCAGCAGCAGCAGUUGACGCCACCUCCUCCACAGCUCCAGCUGCAACAUUCACUUGCCCAGCAGCAACAGCAACAACAACAACAGCAGCAGCAGCAGCAACUCUAUCCGCACUCGCAUCUCUUCAGUCCGAGUGCAGCGGAAUAUGGCAUUACCACCACAGCGGCGGGAGCGGCGGCAAAUAACACUCCACUGCAUCCAACUAGCCACUCGCCCGCCGACUCCUACUAUGAGACGGACUCUGUACACUCCUACUAUGCCACUGCCGCCGUGGCAACGGUGCCGCCACCCGAAAACAAUUCUCCGGUAACAGCAGCCAAUGCAACGCAACAGCAACAGCAACAACAGCAGCAGCAACAGCAGCAGGGAAUGGAGGCGCAUGCGCCCAUUAUCAGUUCCGAGAAUGGCAUGAUGUAUACCAAUUUGGAUUGCUUGUACUCGCCCAGUGUGGCACAGCAGACGCAGGCGCAGACGCUGCCACAUGGCUAUGCUGGCCAGAUGGAGGAGAAGUAUGCGGCGGUGCUGCAUGCUGGAUACGCGGCACCGCCACCGGGCCUGCUGCUUGAGGAUCCGGAUCAAAUGAUGCAGCUGGCUGCCGGGCAACAACAGUCACCGCCACAAAUGUGGCACCACCAUCAGCAUAUGAGCAGCGGCUAUCCAAUUGACGCGGGCAUUGCCAUGGACUAUCCCCAUGCCCAUUUACAUCACAGUCUAGGUCAUGGCCAUUUGGCCAGUCUGACAACCAGCGCCCAGCAGCAGCAACAGCAGGCACAGCAGCAGCAGCAACAACAGCAGCAACAACAACAGCCAGCCAGCUCGCAGGCUCAAGUGGUGCCACAGCAUUCGAUAUCACCCAAUGGUGCGGGCAACUGCAUAACCAUGGCCAGGAAUCAGCGCGGUGGCGUCACAUCACCAGGUAGCUCCACCUCAUCGUCCACAACGUCUGCGUCCGCAGCGAACUCCGCGCACCAAGCAAACUCACAACCAAAAUCGCCAAAUCACGCGCCCAACAUUCCAACAUACAAAUGGAUGCAACUUAAGCGGAAUGUUCCCAAGCCACAAGCACCGAAACUACCUGCCAACAUCAACAACAUGCACGAUUACCAGCUCAAUGGUCACCUGGACAUGUGCCGCGGCAGCAACGUUGGCGGCAGCGCCGCCGUCUUGCCCAUCCAGAAUCCCCUGCUGAUGUCUAACAAUGCGAGCGCGGGCAGCGCAUCCAGCGGCCUGGGCGUGGGCCUAUCCAGCGGCAACGGUAGUGCUAGUGGUGGUGGUGGUGCUGCCAGUAGUUCCGUUGGCCUCGGCAGCUGCUCUCUCUCCUCCACGAACAACUCGGGACGCACUAACUUCACCAACAAGCAGCUGACCGAACUGGAAAAGGAGUUCCACUUUAAUCGCUACUUGACUCGCGCUCGCCGCAUCGAGAUUGCCAACACACUUCAACUAAACGAGACGCAGGUCAAAAUAUGGUUUCAGAAUCGUCGCAUGAAGCAGAAGAAGCGAGUCAAAGAAGGUCUCAUUCCGGCGGACAUUCUUACGCAGCACAGCGCACCCGUGAUAAAUGAAAAGCAGUCCCAGCAGCAGCAGCAGCAACAGCCCCAACAACAACAACAACAGCAGCAUCAGCAGCAGCAACAAAAGCUGGCCGAGCUGAGCGCUCCUGAAUUGGCCAGCAAUGAACUGCCAGCAACAGCAGCAGCACCAGCAACAACAGCAGCCAACAUUGUAAUGUCCUCGUACUCCUAA